AUGUCGACGCAGCCGCUCCUAGGAGCCAUAUCGGGCCAGUCGGGCAAUAGAGAUGAAGACAGGAGCCAAUCAGGCAGCUUGGCGACCUUCCUUUCUAUCUUCCACGGCGGCCUCGUCGCGCCAGACUCGACGACACUCGACUCGCUCCAGGCCAUCCUCAAUGAGUCCGACGACGCCCUCCGUGACGACCUCACGGAGCGCUGGCGCGACCACAAGCUCCAGGAGCUCAACUUUGUUGGCACGGUCGGCGCGCUCCUCGCCGCCUGCCUGAGUUCUACGGGUUCGUGGCCCGACGUCCUCGACAACGGACGCAAGCAGCCGUGGAGCAUCCGCGCGUGCUGGUACAUCGGCCUCGUGUUCGCGCUGUUCGCCGUUCUCACGGCGCUGCAGCAGAGCUUGCGGCUGCACCGCCUGAGCGCGCACCGCGAGGGACUCCAAUGGAUCCGGAAGAGUAUGACGGGCGGGAAGAGGGAUGGCGAGGUGAGGGUCAGGACUUGGCAGGUGUAUGCGUGGCAGGCGAGCUUGGUAUUCCUGGUGGCGGCUGUUAUUUGCUUGAUUGCGGGGAUUCUCGUGCUCGUGUGGGUGUCGACGGAGUUUGGGCCGGAUAAGAAGCCAGAGGAUGGCUGGUGGGACGACAGUGCCAAGAUGGCUAUCACGUUCACUGUUGUCGUGGUUGUAUCUUUGGUCAUGUUUCUGUUGACUCAAGCGACACUGGCUAUGGAGGGUAUCAAACGAGGCCUUGCCAUUGGCGGCAAAAUCCGCAUAUUCGGUAACGGCAUGGGGCUCAUCGAUGGCCUGUUGGUGGGGGCCUCUGCCAGCGUCGGCUAUGUCUGCACUGUUGAAAUCCAGGGUUGCCAAUGA